UUUAAGACCAAAGGGAGGGGGCCUCGCGCAUUGGUCUGCUGCGGUGUUUUUAUCUCGCUGUCAGUGCGCGAGCUGCUGGGCUUCGAAUGUUUGGAGGGACCGCAAAGCCAGAGCUGACGAAGAGGGAAGAGGAGAGAGGAGAGACAGAAAGGGGAAUGAGACUGAGGAAGAGAGAGGAAAGGGGAAGAGCGUGAGAAGGAGGUCAGUCUUUACAUCUGAGGGCGUGGCAGAUUCCACAGGUGAACAUGGCUCAGGUGCUGCAUAUGGACUCCGGCUUCUCAGGAACGUCUAACCCCGCCCCUUCCCUGGGUAAGGCGGAGAUGCCGUACUCAGUGGAGACCCCUUACGGCUACCGGCUGGACCUGGACUUCCUGAAGUACGUCAACGACAUCGAGAAGGGCAACACCAUCAAGCGCGUGCCGAUCCAGCGGCGACCCCGGUACGGUUCGCUGCCCCGCGGCGGCGGCGUCGGCGGCUACGGCUACACGGGCUCCUGGUGGACCUCCACCGAGUCGCUGUGCUCCAACGUCAGCAUGGACAGCCGCCACUCGUCCUACUCCUACUGCGCCCCGGGCUACCAGGCGCCGGCGCGGGCCGGCGCGGCGGCCGGGGGCGGGGCCUUCAGCCUGAGUGCGGCACGCGUGGAGAAGACGCUGCUGGACGCGCGGCGGCGGCUGGAGGAGGAGAAGGCGGGCCGGCGGCUCUCGGGCCUGGGGAGCGCCCGCGGCAGCGUGACCGGCUCCACCGCGUCCCUGUCCGGCGCCGCCCGCCAGUACACCCCCGCCAGCUCGGGCCUGUCCACGCCCGUCUGCCCCACCCCCGCCCACCUGCAGCACGUGCGCGAGCAGAUGGCGCUGGCGCUGCGGAAGAUCCGCGAGCUGGAGGAGCAGGUGAAGACCAUCCCCGUGCUGCAGGUGAAGAUCUCCGUGCUGCAGGAGGAGAAGAGGCAGCUCAGCGUCCAGCUCAAGAGCCAGAAGUUCCUGGGCCACACCCUGGGUUUCGGGCGGAGCCGCCCCCAGAGCGAGCUCUACAUCCACAUCCCCGAGGAGGAGGCUCCGCCCCCCGCCCCCGCCGCCGCCCCCGCCACCCCCGACGGCUCCAAGCAGGACUCCGGCUGCGAGAUCGAGGACACGGUGCUGGUGGGCGGGGCCCGGCCCGGCGGGAGGGAGGUGCGCUCCGUCGGCGUGGGGACGGAGGAGGCGCAGCAGGAGCAGGGCUCCGAGGCCCUGAGGAGCAGGGUGGGGCAGCUGGAGGAGCAGCUGAGGAGGACCCUGCAGGAGCUGCAGGAAGCGCAGAAGGAGAGAGCCAGCCAGCCCCCCCCCUCGCAGGCGGACUACGCGGUCAGGGCGACCAGCGUGGGCUGGCCGGGCGGCGGGGGCGCGACCCCCACAGCAGGGCUGCAGACCGUGGUCAGCGUUACCCAGCAGCCUCGGCGGCGGGAGCAGAGGACUGUGGGAAUUCAGGUGUACACUCUGGAGCAGCCUACUCUGCUGCGGCAGGCAGAGAGGUGGGCAGGUGUGCAGAUAGGCCACACACCCCCAGCGCAGACAGGCCACGCCCCCCCAGCGCAGACAGGCCACACCCUCCCAGUGCAGACAGGCCACACCCCCCCAGCACAGAAAGCCCACAUUGUACCCAUAGAAAAAGAACAUGACCUGCCUGUUGAAUCAGAACAAGCCCCGUCCAUAAAGACAGCCCCCACCCCACCCAAAGAAACAGCCCCACCCCACCCAAAGAAACGGCCCCCACCCCACCCAAGAAACAGGCCCCACCCCACCCAUAGAAACAACCCCCACCCCAACCGUAGAAACGGCCCCUACCCCACCCAUAGAAACAGCCCCUACCCCACCCAUAGAAACAGCCCCCACCCACCCAUAGAAACAGCCCCACCCCACCCAUAGAACAGUCCCCACCCCACCCAUAGAAACAGCCCUACCCCACCCAUAGAAACAGUCCCUACCCCACCCAUAGAAACAGCCCCCACCCCACCCAUAGAGACAGAGCACCACUCCCCCAUUGUCACAGAGCAUGCCUCAUCUGUACAGAUGGGGUCCACCUCAACCAUCGAGACAAGCCGCACCCCAGCCACAGAGCCAGACCACACCCUUUCCACAGAACCAGACCAUGCCCCUCCCACAGAGCCAGACCACACCCUUUCCACAGAACCAGACCAUGCCCCUCCCACAGAGCCAGACCACACCCUUUCCACAGAACCAGACCAUGCCCCUCCCAUGGAGACAGAACAUGCCCCACCCAUAGAGACGGGCCCCACCCAAGCCAUAGAGACAAGCCCAGCCAGUGAGAGAGAACAUGGUCCACCAACUGAGACAGGCCACAUCACAUCCAUUGAAACAUGCCAUAUCCUACACACAGAGGCAGAACCUGCCCCGCCCAUAGUGAUAGGCCACGCCCCUCCCACAGAAACAGAAGCCCCGCCCAUGGAGACAGUCCAUGCCCCUCCCAUGGAGAAAGAGCACGUCCCCCCUACAGAGACCAGCUUCCCAGUCUAUCCACACAGCUCCCUGGAGUGUACCAGGCAUGAAACCUGGCACAGAGAAGACACGCCCCCUCAGCUUCCAAUCGCGGUCUCUUCCAAGGAGAUUCGGGAGGUCCUCCUGAAGAGUGAGGUGUCCACGUCGAUGCCGGUCUCUUGUGCCACCAUGGCGACGGAGACCAUCUGCAACCAGACGCUUCCGCUGUCCGAGAGGUUACGGGAGGGGGAGGGAGCGCUCCAGCUGACGGACACGGAGGCCGUUCAGUUGCAGGAAGACGCGUCAAAAUCAGCCUCUGCUCAGGCCGCGCCGCGAUCCAUCAUGAAGAGGAAGUCCGCCUCUCCGUCCGCCAGGAAGAACCUGCAGUUCAUUGGGGUGAAUGGCGGAUAUGAGUCCACUUCCUCGGAUGACAGCAGCAGUGAGAGCUCUCAGGAGGAGGGCGAUGCCAGCGAAUUCCACGAGGCCCCUGAGGGAAUCCCUGGACCUCCGGCUGAGCACUUACCGGAAGGAUCCGCCGCCCCCCCUGCCUCUGUCACUCACACAGAAGCAUGCGCCUCUACCCAAUCAUCAUCUACAGACUCAGCCCCCCAGCAAGGCAGCAGCCAAUCACCAUCCACAGAACCAUCCCCGCAGCGUGGCACUAGCCAGUUACCAUCCACAGAACCAGCCGCCCAACACGGCACUAGCCAAUCACCAUCCAUAGAAUCAGCCCUCCAGCAUGGCAAUAACCAAUCACCAUCCAUAGAAUCAGCCCUCCAGCAUGGCACUAGCCAAUCACUAUCCAUAGAAUCAGCCCUCCAGCAGAAUACCAGCCAAUCGCUAUCUAUAGACUCAGACCCUCUGCAAGGCAGCAGCCAAUCAGCGUCCAUAGAACCAUCCCCCCAGCACGGCACUAGCCAAUCACCGUCCAUAGAAACAAUCUCCAAGCAAAACAUUAGCCAAUCACCGUCCAUGGACGCAGCCCCCCAGCCAAGCACUACCAAAUUUGUUUCCAUAAAUUAUACCCUCCAAGAAUAUUCUAUCCAAUCAUCAACCAAGGACCCUGCCCCUGAGUUAACUGCUACCCAGUCACCAGUCACAGAUCCUGCCUGUCAACCAAGCACGACCCAAUCACUCACCACAGACCCUGCCACAGAAUCAAGUGCAACCCGAUCACUAGCCACAGACCCUACCUCCCAACCAAACACAGCCCAAUCACCAACCACAGAACCUGCCUCUCAGUCCAGUACCGCCCAGUCGCCCCCCACAGAACCUGCCUCUCAGUCCAGUACCACCCAGCCAUCCACAGGCCCUGCUGCCCAGCAGACAACCCAAGAAGAGGGACUGGGAGGCCCCAGCUCCGGCCAUUCUGUUUCCCAGGAAACCAGAGAAUCUUCUCACUCCAGACUGGAGCUGAGCGACAGCCUGACGGCAGCGCUUGUGGUCCUCCAGAAAGCCCUGAGCGAACCCAAUGGCUUUGGCCAGCAGGAGGCGAGGGCGGCCUACACCGUGGUUCUGCAGGAGUGGCUUCGCGUUUCCUGUCACAAGACCGCGGACACGGGCCUGGUCCGGGCCUACAUGGACUCCUUCGCCGCCGUCUCCCCGCAGCUGCUGGAGUUCGUGGUCAACAUGGCCGACGGCAACGGCAACACGGCGCUGCACUACACCGUGUCCCACUCCAACUUCCCCGUGGUCAAACUGCUGCUGGACACGGGUGUCUGCAAUACAGACAAACAAAACAAGGCGGGGUACACAGCCAUCAUGCUGACUGCGCUGGCUGCGUUCCACACGGACAGCGAUCUGCACACCGUGGUGCAGCUGCUGCGCACGGGGGACGUCAAUGCCAAGGCCAGCCAGGCGGGGCAGACGGCCCUGAUGCUGGCGGUGAGUCACGGGCGGGGGGACAUGGUGCGGGCGCUGAUUUCCUGCGGGGCGCAGGUCAACAUUCGGGACGACGACGGCUCCACCGCGCUCAUGUGCGCCUGCGAGCACGGGCACGUGGACAUCGUGCGCCAGCUCCUGUCUGUGCCCGGCUGCGACGCCACGCUGGCAGAUAAUGAUGGCAGUACCGCCCUGUCUAUCGCUCUCGAGGCCUCUCACAAUGACAUCGCGGUGCUCCUCUACGCGCACCUCAACUUCGGCAAGCCACCCUCUCCCGUAUCUCCAAAGAGUCCUCAGUUGACCUCUCCCAGUGAAGCAAAGUAACUAACAAGAACCCAACCCUGCAGCCUUACAAAGUGUGUGUGUGUGCGCGUGCAUGUGUGUGUGUGUGUGUGUGUGUGUGUGCGUGCGUGAAUACGUUUGUGUGUCAGUACGAAUAUCCUUGUUCAUGCGUGUGGUUCACUUUUGUACAAUCGGUACUUGUCUGUGUGCCUGUGUGUUUGGUGUAUGGUGUUUCAGGUGGAAUCUAAAGGAGAAUAGGUAGCUGGGGGAAAAAAAAACUAUUUCCCCGGAAGUUUUAAAGAUUGGUGUGACAAAUUGUGGCGCUGUUUUUUAACAAACAGUAUCAGUAUCGAGUCAAGAUACUUCCCCCAUCCCCAACCCCCAAAAAAAGACUUUAGUCUGUAUGUGCAUCAGAACAGUGAUGCUCCAAUUCAUUAUUUUCAGUCUUCCUUUAUGAACAUGGGUAGAUGUUUGCUGUUACAGUAGAUAAGGAUGUACACACACUGAGUUCACUUUGAGGUGACUGAGAAAUUGAUUCUGAAGUGGAUUUCAGGGUGAAUAAAAAUUCUGUUUCUGUUCUUAGCAGGAGAGAUCAUUUCUCUGUUUGUGCAGUAGGACAAAAAUGUUCUUUGGGAAGAGGCGUUACUGUAGUCCACUUCUGCUGUCUUGUGAUCCCAGUCCUGUUUGCAUUCACAUCUUCUAUAAGAGGUUAUAGUCAAACUUAUAUACACGAAAUAUUAUUUUAUUUAAUUUUGAUACUUUAACACGUUACACUAUUCAUUUAUAAUUAUGAACGUUCUUUAUGAAUAAAAACAGCACCUGUCCAAAAAAUAAGUAUAUAUGACAGAUGAGUGAGUGGACUUGGCAGGACUUAUAAAUGCACUUGCCCUUAAUCGUGAAGGUGUUUCGUCAGGUCAGCUGUGGUGUCAGCUGCUGUGGUCGUGUUCAGAGAGAUGUCAUGCUGUGUGCUUGAUGUAUUUGGAGAGGAAUCGUUUGGAGCAUCCAUAAAUAUGUCCAUAGUAGGCUGGAAACACAAUAUCUUAAUGUUCCUAUUCCGAGAAUCAUCUGUUCUCUUCUUAGUACGCUGGUGUCAUUGAGGUCAACAUUAUGAUGCAUUGAAGGAAUCCACCGCACUAUAAAUCUAGACUUUUCCAUCAGCCGAAAUUUAUUACAACAGACCUCUGGAUAUGAAGAUAUGGCACAUAAACCUGAAAGUUAUGGCGCUAUGCUGGUCAACAGUAUCAAAUAGCAUUCCCUAAAAUAUCUAUAUUCCCUCAUUUGGUUUUUGUGAGUUUUUACUGUUUUUCAGGGCCUCCAUUUUGACUCCCAAAAUAUACAGUUGACUAUUGUGUCAUUCACUCAUUUGAUUAAAUGUGACCUUUUAAUGAGAAUUUUUAUUGUUUUAUCAUCUGAGGAGCUUUUUUGUAUGGAACCUUAAAGAAAUCCAGUUUUAAGCCUAUGCAUUUUUGCCUUUUAGACGUUGUUGAGGUUAUGUUAUCUUUGACAGAAUUCAACGGCUUAUGAAAAGAUUUCAAAUACAAUAGCUGCAAUGCUUUCAAUUUCCAGAGAGGUCUUUUCAAAUACUGUGGUCAUGUCAUUGUUUUUUAAGUGGCUCUGGGGUUUUUUUUCCCCUAGUACUUUCCCCUAGAAUUGGGAACCACACCAGUUUUCCUCACCAAGCUCGUCUUCAGGCAACUCUGAGAGGGACUUUAAUUUGGUGCAAUUCCCCAUUGCAUUAAGAAUUCAGUGAGCUGCAUUUAGCGUAAACAGCCAUAACUUCUCAAGUCUGGGAAAUGCACGUUAGAAAUGGCCGUAAGAACAUUCCGUGAGAUUGCUUGAUAAUGAGAACAGAUCAUUCAGCCUAUUUCAGGUUGUAUUUUGCCUGCUGUCUGAAGACUGUUUAGCACCUCAAGGGUGUCUGUGUCUGCUAUGAGUCAUAUUAAGCUAUCCGAAGCACUGGAAAACUGCCCUGCUUCGAAAAAUACGUCCUGAAACCUUACAUUGAUUUCCAACUUUUUUCUCCUUAUUUUCGAAAGACUCUGCCUUAAAUAACUUACACAAUUUACAUUAUUAAUCUCUCUAGUUAAUCAGAUCAACCUUUCCAUUCAAUAUUUCAUAUACGUGGUGCAAUCGGAAGACACUUAUGCAUUAGAUCAUUGAAAUGAAGGGUAUACUAAUAUGAAGGUAGUCACUGUGUUGUUGGUGUAGAAGGUGUUCAGUGGGUGUUCAGUCGGCGUUUGGUGUGGCAGGAAGUAGGAGAUGGAGUGGUUGAGGAUUAUGGGUAAUGUAUUUUUUUUUGCAAUUAAUAAAUAGUUCAGUGUGAUAAAUGCGUACCAAAAUAAAUAUGCUAUAUUUCUGAAGGUACAUGUUGACUAAAUAAAUGAACAACAUGAAAUGUUGAAAUCAAGCGUAAAAAGCAAUACAGUAUAUUUUCAAAUAAAAAUAAAUUACUAAAUAAAAAAAAUCUGUUUUUAAACAAACUUUUCCUAUCAACAGUUGGAAUAUCUUAUAUGUUUUAUAACCUUUUGUAUUUGUUUUGACUAUAUAUCUUUAUAUUUGUAAAAUCUGUACACAAACCAUAUCUAUUGGCUCGUUUGCCUGUUUGAAUUAUACUUAGCAGGCCACAAAGUAUUCACUUUGUUUCUCUGUCUUUUUUGAAUAAAUAAAUUCGAGGAAAAAUAAAGUCA